AUGGCCUCAGACUGUGCAGAUAAGCAAUCGGAUGAAACCUUCGAGUGGCACGGCUUGGGAGCCACCAUGGAUCGGACAAUCAUGCUAAGCAAUGCCCAGCCUGUCAGGCUAUCUGACUUGCGGAUUAGGCCGAAAUGGGUAGGAUUUGUCCGACCCGUCCCAUUUUCCUCGCUAAUGCUAGAUGACCGCUCUCCUCAGCCCGGACCCGGAUUGAAACCUGAGGACCACAUUGAAGCGCUUCCCUCGGACCUCCCUGUUCUUACCACAACCACGGAGCGCAGGCUCUUGGCCAAGAUUGACUGGCACAUCGUCCCAUGUCUCUGUGUUCUGUAUCUACUUGCUUUCCUGGAUCGUAAUGCGGCCGUACUCGGGCUCGAAACGGAUCUCAACAUCGCGACUGGAACGAAGUACAAUACCGCACUCACUAUAUUCUUCGUGCCCUACGUUAUAUUCGAGAUCCCGUCCAAUAUCUUGCUGAAGAAACUGAAACCUCAUGUAUGGUGGCUUAGUCUCAAACUGGGGUGGACUGAUGACUACACGCUGGUUCCUGGGUAUGAAGGCAUCCACAUCCAACGACACAUAGCUAAUAUCGACACAGGGAUGUUUGAAACGGGCAUGUUCCCUGGAUGCUUCUAUCUUUUGGGCAUGUGGUAUAAGCGUAGUGAGGCACAGAAGCGCUUUAGUUUCUUCUUCAGCUCGACCACAUUGGCGGGCGCCUUCGGCGGCCUGCUUGCCAGCGGUCUAGGGGAGAUGGCCGGGCUCCGAGGUUACGGGGGCUGGCGCUGGGUUUUCAUCAUUGAGGGAGUUAUCACCUGCGUGGUUGCCAUUGUCUGGUUCUUCAUAAUCCCCGGGUUCCCAGAGGAUGUCAAGUGGCUUAAUGAGGAAGAGCGAAUGUACAUCCGGGCUAAGCUGGCUCGUGAUGCAGGAAAAGCUGGGCAUGAUGCUCGUAUGGGUUGGCGCGAUGUGUUGGCUGUGUUCAAGGACUGUUGUCACAGCAUAUGGGUAACAAGCUCAGGAUAUGCUUUCUUUGCCCCGACUAUUAUCAAGACCUAUGGCUACGGAACCAUCCUAACGCAACUGUACUCGAUCCCACCGUGGGCAGCAGCGUUUGCAUUUUCGAUGAUAAUUGCAACAUUUUCGGAUCUAACCAGACACCGGUUGGCUUUCACUUUGAUUCCUACAGCCAUCGCCAUGGCUGGAUUUGGAAUACUAUUGAAUGUACACGGAGAGGCUCACCGACACGUCCAAUACGGCGCGCUCUUCAUGGUGACCUGUGGCUGCUAUAGUGCGAUGCCGGUUAUCGUAUGCUGGUUUGCUAUGAACCUAGGGGGUCAUCGCAGGCGGAGCGUGGGCACGGCAUGGCAGGUUGGGUUCGGUAACACGGGAGGUAUCAUCUCCACAUAUGCAUUUCUAGCCAAAGAUGCGCCUGAAUAUCGGAAUGGUUACAUUAUCAGUCUGUCCUUUAUCUGCUUCUCUGCGGCCUGCUGCAUUGGAUACUUUGUGGCUCUCUGGACGGAGAACAAGCGACGAGACCGGGUCAUGGCCAAUGGCGCCCCAGCGGAGCUGCGAGCAGAUGAAGAAGAGGUACAGGGAGAUCUGGCGGUGACCUACCGCUACGGCUACUAA